GCAGGACCAGGGGCAGGAGAUGGACUUCUUCAACACCGCAAACGACUCCUCUACCGUCAUCACAGUGACAGACUGCAGCCACGCCCCACACAGACUCUCUGGCGGUAACCACAGUGUGGCAAGUGGGGCACCUCCCAAUAACUGGAAGCAGGAGGAAGAUGGCUCUCUGGGAUACAGUGUGCAGCAGUGUCGCAGGUCCAGGCGGAGCUGCAUCCCUGAGAAGCCGAAUCACUCCCUCAGCCUGUGGAGCGUCAUCAAGACCUGCCUGGGCAAGGAGCUCUGCAAGAUACCCAUGCCAGUGAACUUUAACGAGCCUCUGUCGAUGCUGCAGAGGUUGUCUGAGGAUCUGGAGUACAGUGAGCUGCUGGACAGGGCUGCUGGCUGCCAGAGCUCUCUGGAGCAGCUGUGCUGCGUGGCAGCUUUCUCUGUGUCCUCGUACUCCACCACCGCGCACCGCACCGGCAAGCCCUUCAACCCCCUGCUGGGGGAGACCUUCGAGCUGGACCGGCUGGAGGAGAGCGGCUAUCGCUCUCUCUGCGAGCAGGUGAGUCACCACCCCCCCGCUGCGGCGCAUCAUGUCUACUCCCAGCGGGGCUGGACUCUGUGGCAGGAGAUCACCAUCGACAGCAAGUUCCAUGGAAAGUGCAUCUCUGUCAUGCCUCUAGGUACGAUUCACCUGCAGUUUCACUCCAGCGGGAACCACUACACCUGGAGCAAGGUCACCUCCACGGUACACAACAUAAUUCUGGGAAAACUGUGGAUCGAUCAGUCGGGAGACAUUAACAUCGUCAAUCAUGUGACGAAGGAAUCCUGCCGGCUGAAGUUUUCUCCCUACAGCUACUUCUCCAAGGACGCAUCGCGGAAGGUGACAGGUGUGGUGACGGACAGCGAGAACAGGGCACGAUUCGUCUUGUCUGGGACAUGGGAUGACAAAAUCGAGAGUGCCGAGAUUGUGGAGGGCAGUGGAGAAGCCAGUGAACAGAGGACCGUUUACCAGACCGAGGCGCCAAAGCUGCUCUGGAAGAAGUACCCCCUGCCUGAGAAUGCAGAGAAUAUGUACUACUUCUCCUCCCUGGCGCUCACGCUGAAUGAGCCUGAGGCCGGCGUGGGGCCCACAGACAGCCGCCUGCGGCCCGACCAGAGGCUGAUGGAGGCGGGGCUGUGGGACGAGGCGAGCAGCGAGAAACAGAGACUAGAGGAGCAGCAGAGAGAGAGGAGGAAGAGGAGGAGGGGUAAGGAGAGCGAUGGGUACCAUCCCCUGUGGUUUGAGAGAAGGACUGACUGCAUCACUGGAGAGACCAGCUUUGUGUACAAGGGAGGCUACUGGGAGGCCAAGGAGAGCCAGGACUGGAGCAUGUGCCCCGAUAUCUUCUAAGACCCCGCCCACAGCAUUGACACAUCACAGAGGGAGACUGGAACAGUACUGAAUGACUGACAGGGGGCAACAGGGUCUGUUCACUGUUGCGAGGAACAGCUGUGUAUGGCUGUGUGUGAGUGUGUGUAUGUGUGUGCGCGCGCGCAUGCGUGCAUGCGUGCCUGCAUGCGCGUGUGUGUCGCCCCAGACUCUGUACGCACCUUCCCACUGGAGCACUGUCCCCCAGAAGGCUUCCAGAACUAGGUGUUCCAAAUAGACCAACCUACAAUGCACCCUUCCCCACUCCUUCUGAUUCUCAAGCUGUCAGCCUUACUUUGCCCCAGCGCCUUCUGGAAUUGUGCAUUCUCUACCUUUUCACCAGCUUUGUUGGCUGAUUGGGCCGAAACUCAAACCCUUCUUUGCACAUAUGUACACAAGGUCAGGCUUCAUCUUACACAUUUUAACUCCUCAUUCUCUGAAGCUGUCAUCAGACCCAGUUUUAAGCAGAGAGCUCCUGUGAGAAGAGGAAACGGCACUGGCUGCUUGGUGACUCGACCACUAGAGGGCGGUGGGCUCCCGAACACCACCUGCUGCACCUGGAUCAGUACCUGUACUGUACCUGUGUUCAACUGCAUUUAAAAAUCAUUUUUGUUCAGAGAAAAUGACAAACUGAAUGUUUCUACAGUGACAGCUGGGUAAACACUGUCACCUGAAAGAGAGACACGUUUCCGGUGUUCUUCGCAUUUUCAUGUAUGUGACUCAGCUCUUUGAUCUUGCAGUGAAGUCCACAUACAACAAAGAAGAAGAAAAGAUCCGUCUGUGUGAAAUGACAGAGAUGUGCUCUUAAUUGGGUGAUAUUCUAUGCCGUAAGAUAAGAUCGAUCAGAGGAGAUAGGGAUGAUAGUUCCCUCUCUGCUGGAACGUCUGCAGCAUUCAGCCUGAAGUGGACCCAGGCUCUGAAGUCACAGCUGAUGUCAUCCUGUGAUAAAUGUGGUACUGAUUUCACCAACAGAGCUGAGAAUAAAACACUUUCCAUUUUCAUAAUCAGUGCUGUGGAUUAUCAACCACACUGAGCGGUAUAAAAACAUUUUGUCAUUUGACAAAUUAUACACACACACACACACAUGCACAUGUGCGCAUGC